CGACGAGCAUAAAGAAGCACCGAUAUUUCGUUCGCCGACUUGAAAGAACGAAGCGAAGCGACGCCACAAUAAAACAAACAACCCGACUCUUUGCGACUAUCGAACUAUCCGGAGAAUUAAUCUCUACAAAUCGCACUUGUCGCCUCCGCAUUCUAGGCGAGUUGGACUCUAUUUCGGGAAGUGCGAAUAGCGUCGUCUCGUCGUCCAAUAUCCUGUCGAGUUGUACUCCGCUGAGUGGAGCGUGCACGAGUUUAAUAUUCCUUGGCAAGCCGAGAUUACCUACCUAUAUAGGCGCUCUUAUUGCCCUUGCAGGACCCUAAUAAAUCCGCUCUUGAGGCCCGAGGCGGUGGAAUCUUUAAGCUCUUGGGUUCCCUCCCGCGUUCGGUCUUGAAUUCGACUUGAAGCACAUAUUUUCCUUAGCAAUACGCCAACAUGUCGCGAUCAAAUCCUCCCAAUCCGGCCGGAUCCCGGAAGAUUUCGUUCAACGUUAGCGAACAGUAUGACAUUCAAGAUGUUGUGGGCGAGGGAGCUUAUGGUGUCGUCUGCUCGGCGAUACACAAGCCUUCAGGUCAGAAGGUCGCCAUUAAGAAGAUUACUCCCUUCGAUCACUCCAUGUUCUGUUUAAGAACUCUUCGAGAGAUGAAACUUCUUCGAUACUUCAACCACGAGAACAUCAUCUCUAUUCUUGACAUCCAGAAGCCGCGCAGCUACGAAUCUUUUACCGAGGUGUAUCUAAUUCAGGAACUGAUGGAGACGGAUAUGCAUAGAGUGAUCCGUACACAGGAUCUAUCUGACGAUCACUGCCAGUAUUUCAUCUACCAGACUCUACGAGCGCUGAAGGCUAUGCACUCUGCAAAUGUGCUUCACCGAGACUUGAAGCCUAGCAACCUCCUGUUGAACGCCAACUGUGACCUGAAAGUCUGCGAUUUCGGACUUGCUCGAUCGGCGGCGUCUCAAGAGGACAACUCCGGCUUCAUGACGGAAUACGUUGCUACUCGAUGGUAUCGUGCGCCCGAGAUUAUGUUGACCUUUAAGGAAUACACAAAGGCUAUUGACGUGUGGUCCGUAGGCUGCAUUCUUGCCGAGAUGCUGAGCGGGAAGCCCUUAUUCCCCGGAAAGGACUACCACCAUCAGUUAACCCUGAUCCUGGACGUCCUUGGUACCCCUACCAUGGAGGACUACUACGGGAUUAAGUCUCGCCGCGCUCGCGAGUACAUCCGCUCUCUUCCGUUCAAGAAGAAGGUCCCAUUCCGAACUCUCUUCCCCAAGACUUCCGACUUGGCGCUCGACCUGCUCGAGAAGUUGUUGGCCUUCAACCCGGUGAAGCGCAUCACGGUGGAGGAAGCCUUGAAACACCCUUACCUCGAACCGUACCACGACCCCGAGGACGAGCCUACCGCACCCCCGAUUCCUGAGGAGUUCUUCGACUUCGACAAGCACAAGGACAACCUUAGCAAAGAACAGUUGAAGCAACUCAUCUACCAAGAGAUCAUGCGGUAGAACAGCAGUUUCUUGAGCAAACUCAGGAUUCGGGAGAGCAUUUCGCAUCUCAUGCAGAACCUUAAGAUUCGAGAUCGCACCCCCUCACUGGCGGACUCGCGCAAAAAGCAUCGCGGUUGAGGGAUGGUGCUUGGUUUUGCAUAGCGGGUGGCGGCGGCCUUGGAGAGCAACUGGACGGUGAUAAACCUACCUCAUCGAGGAUCGGCGUGGAGGAGUAGUUUACCCUAAGAUAUAACUCGCGAAGGGAAGGUGGAGAUCUUAUGCCACGAGAUCUGGUGUGGGAUCUGGCAUGACUGUGGAGAGGCCAGAUGGAUAAGGAUAUAUCUUGUCUUCUCUCCCAUUUCUUUUCUUUACUCUUGCUAGUAGUAAAACAAACAUUUUUUCUGG